CCAGACUACUAUCCCUAAACAAAUGACGGUUCACUUAUUAUUUGAAAAUCUAAUCCCUAAAAAAUGAAAAAAGAAAAAAGAAAUAAAACUAUUCUCAAUAUUGCAUCUUCAUUCUUCAAUCGAGCUUCUUUCUUCGACUUGAAAUCAAGGUACCGUCUUUCGUUUGCAGCAGGGUUUCCUGCCCAGAUCGCAGGGUUUGGUUUGCUGGAUUUUAAACCUGCAGGGAUUGAUGAUAAUUUCUCAGGGGUAUUUCUGUUACCUUUCAUAAUUGUUGGAUCACCGGGCGGACCGGGAAGACGGGGAACCGGCCCCUUGACCCAUUUAUUCUCAAUCUCUCACCAGUGAGAAACGCACAAAUUUAAGAACAUGGAAAUUUUUUCUUCAAUUGCUGAGAAAAUUUCUAACUGCCUGUUCGAUGCAGCUGGCCGUCAGCUCGGUUACUUGUUUCACUACAACAACAACAUUGGAACGUUUGAAAAACAAGCUAAGAAACUUGCACGUAUCAGAGACAGGGUACAAGGACAAAUUGAAGCUGCUGAAAGGAAUCUUGAAAUUAUUGAAACUGAUGUGCAGAACUGGAUGGCAGAAGUUGAUAAAAUCUCUCAAGAAGCUGCAAAGUUUUUGGAAGAUGAAGUUAAUGCAAACAAGAGGUGUCUCAACGGGUGGUGUAUUAAUCCCAGAUCGCGUUUCAGAUUCAGUAGGGAGGCGAAGGAGAAGAAUCUUCUGAUUUCUCAGCUCCAAGAAGAUGGGAAAUUUGAGAAGGUAUCUCGUCCUGCUCCUCCUCCAGGAAUUAUUUCUUCGUCUGAGGUAUUUUCUGGAACUUUUGAAUCCAGAAAAUCACUUAUGAAGCAAAUCUUGGAGGCCUUGGGGGAUGACAAUGUCACUAUCAUUGGAGUGUGUGGGAUGGGUGGUGUGGGUAAGACCACAUUAGUGACAGAAAUCGGCAAACAAGCAAAAAAAGAUAAGCUAUUUGAUGUUGUAGUGAUGACAGUUGUGUCUCAAACCGUAAAUUAGAUGAAGAUUCAAGGGGGAAUUGCAGACAUGCUGGGUUUGAAAAAUUUGUCAGACUAUAGCGAGUAGCAAGAGCAAGUUUCCUUGGGAAAGAUCAAGAAGGAAGAAAGGAUCCUUGUAAUAUUAGACGAUGUUGGGGAAGAAUUGAGCUGGAUAAGA